AUGACCCGUCAAGACGGGUCCCCAUCCCAUCCCAUCCACAUCGCUCGAUCUUCCUCCAGACCACGCGCAUACACCACUGCAGCUGCUGCACUUCGCUUCCCCCCACGGUCUUCACGUGCUCUGCGGCGCACUACCUUUGCGUCUUCCUUCGAGGUUCCGGCGUGUCCGUUGCCGCAUCAGGCCGCACGAGCCUCCCGCGCACACGGAGGGCGAGGGGCGGCACAGGAGCACGUGGGCGCGAGUGCGCGCGGACGUGCAAGCGGCAGCAGAGCAGCGGGCAUGGCGGAGGCGGCGGACUACAUCGUGCCGGCCAUCGCCAUCACGGCCGCCACCGCCGUUACCUUCAUUGCCGUCAGCUUCAACGAGCUGCGCGAGAAGUCGGCGGUGCAGCAGGAGUUGAAGCAGCAGGCGCGGCUGCUGGAGGAGCAGGAGGGCGUGGUGCUGCGCUCCAGCCUCUCCUCCAAGGAGAAACGCCGGGCCAGGCAGGGCAAGAAGAAGGGCUCCUGA